AUGGCAAUAUUAAAUGACACGACGGAGACAACCGAUCUCGGGCUACCGUUGGUGGAGCGAAAAACUCCGGCGGACGUGGGACUCGAGACUGUGUUAACCGAGAGUAACAUUCCGUACCGGAGCCGCUUAUACUUAGGCGCGUGCAUAGAGAUGAAACUACUUUUCCGGUUAGCACUUCCGGCAAUACUUGUCUAUUUAGUCAACAGCGGAAUGAACAUCUCUGCUCGUAUCUUCGCCGGGCAUCUCGGCAGUCAAGAACUCGCCGCCGCGUCCAUCGGAAACAGCUGCUUCAGUCUCGUCUACGGCCUCAUGUUGGGUAUGGGAAGUGCAGUAGAGACACUAUGUGGACAAGCCUAUGGAGCCCAUCGCUAUGAUAUGCUUGGUGUCUAUCUCCAAAGAGCAACGAUUGUCCUCGCUCUUGUGGGUUUGCCCAUGACAAUACUAUACACAUUCUCAUAUCCGAUUCUACUCCUAUUAGGGGAGCCCAAAAUGGUAUCGUGCAUGGGUUCCUUGUACAUCGCCGGACUCAUCCCUCAGAUAUUCGCUUAUGCUGUCAACUUCACGGCCCAAAAAUUCCUCCAGGCCCAAAGCGUGGUGGUCCCUAGCGCGUACAUCUCCACCGCCGCCCUCCUCCUCCAGAUAUCGCUGACGUGGAUCACCGUUUACGUAAUGGGUCUGGGUCUUAUGGGAAUCGCUUAUGUUCUGACUAUCUCAUGGUGGGUCAUAGUUGUGGCACAGACUGUAUAUAUUACAAAUAGCCCGAGGUUUAGACACACGUGGACUGGUCUAAGUUGGAGAUCGGUCCAAGGUCUUUGGAGCUUCUUUAAACUCUCUGCUGGCUCAGCUGUUAUGAUCUGUCUGGAAAUGUGGUAUUCUCAAAUUCUAGUUCUUCUUGCCGGUUUGCUUAGAGAUCCUGCUCUCUCUCUAGAUUCUCUUUCCAUCUGUAUGUCGAUUUCCGCAUUAUCCUUCAUGGUCUCCGUCGGCUUCAAUGCAGCUGUAAGUGUACGGACAAGUAAUGAGCUCGGAGCAGGAAAUGCAAAAGCGGCAUUGUUCUCUACAUGGACGGCGACUUCUGUUUCCUUCGUGAUCUCCGUCGCAGAGGCACUAGCCAUGAUUGCGUCACGUGAUCACAUCAGCUACAUUUUCACGGCAGACGCUGACGUAGCUAAAGCUGUCUCUGAUCUUUGUCCUUUUCUCGCCGUCACAAUCAUACUCAACGGAAUCCAACCCGUCUUGUCCGGAGUGGCGGUGGGAUGUGGAUGGCAGACGUACGUGGCAUAUGUGAAUGUUGGUUGUUACUACAUCGUUGGUAUUCCCAUUGGUUGUAUUCUCGGCUUCACUUUCGAUUUUCAAGCCAAGGGAAUAUGGACGGGGAUGAUUGGAGGUACCCUCAUGCAAACCCUCAUCUUACUUUACGUCACGUAUCGAACAGAUUGGGAUAAAGAGGUGGAAAAAGCGAGAAAGCGAUUGGAUAUGUGGGAUGAUAAGAAGAAGUCACUUCAAAAAUAA